GGCGCACAAUGAAGUAAAAUAAUGUGGCGUUACAAAGUGAAAUCUAUGUAUCUGCAACGUGCUCUGUAUGGACUACUUUUCGAUGCUGUUUGAUGUGUGCUUUUAGCCAAACGUAAACUGUUCCCGGAACAGAAGUGGAGUGGGGAUAUAACGCUGCGUAAUGGGUUCAUGUGGAUACGUUUUGUCUUUUCUCUUUUAGAGACAACGCAGAUGCAAAGGAAAUAAUCAAUCGAAAAAACAUGCACCAUCUUAAUCCAUGGAGAUAUGGCAUGCAUGCUCCUCUUUAGUCGAGUCGUGCCGUCUUCAAAUAGGCAUACCAGGACGUGCAUUUGCUUAUUCUCACUCUCACUGUCACUGUCAUAUUUAUGCUACUGUCUCAUAUUUUCUUCCGAUGCAAUCAUGCAAAAAACAAGUGAUUCUACGCAGAACUGCAUGCGCCUCAUGAGUGAUGGAGGCAAAAAACUUCUGCAUAAAUCUCUGUUCUGCACUUUGUCUUCGGACUCGAGAGGGACAAGGGAAUUAUCUCUCCAUCAAGGAAAUCAAAGCAAUGGCACUCUUAAUCUAAACACAGUUUGGAAUAACACAGACCGUCCUAAUAACAACACGGGCAAUGUUAAGUUUGGGAACAAGAAGUUGCCAAAUGCCAUUAUUGUCGGUGUUAAAAAAGGUGGCACAAGAGCGGUCUUGGAGUUUAUUAGAAUACAUCCGGACGUACGUGCAGUUGGCACAGAAACGCAUUUUUUCGACAGAAACUACGACCGUGGACUAGACUGGUACAGAAGCCUGAUGCCGCGAACACUGGACAGUCAGAUUGCAAUGGAGAAGACACCUAGCUACUUUGUGACAAGGGAGACACCUCGACGGAUCUCCGCCAUGUCCAAGGACACCAAGCUGAUCGUGGUGGUGCGAGACCCGGUCACCCGGGCCAUCUCCGACUACACACAGACCCUGUCCAAGACACCCGACCUUCCCAGCUUCCAGGAUCUGGCGUUUCAAAACCAGAGUCUGGGACUGGUCGACACGUCUUGGAAUGCCAUCCGCAUUGGCAUGUAUGCUCUGCAUCUCGAAAACUGGCUCCGCUACUUCCCCCUAUGCCAAAUCCACUUUGUCAGUGGAGAACGUCUCAUCACUGACCCGGCAGGUGAACUGGCGCGAGUGCAGGACUUCCUCGGUCUCAAACGCAUUGUAACUGACAAACAUUUUUACUUCAACAGAACCAAAGGCUUCCCCUGCCUCAAGAAACCCGAGAGCAGCAGCUCGCCCCGGUGCCUGGGCAAGUCUAAAGGUAGAACUCACAUUCAGAUAGAUGGCGACACCAUUGAACAGCUACGGGACUUCUACCGGCCGUACAAUAUCAAGUUUUAUGAAAUGGUGGGUCACGAUUUUCGGUGGGAAUAGAUUUGUAUGAAAGUUUCCAGUUUCCAAUGGACACGAAGAUAGACAAGAUGUCUUCUCUGAAUGUAAGUACAUUUUCUUGUAGUUUUGCGGCCCUCCAAUUUGGCUGAUGGAAAGAAUGGAUGUUAGCCCAGCAAAAGUUGUGGGUUUCAACGGAUCUCAUUAACAAUAUCUUCAAAAGAUGUAGACAAUUAACUGUAUUGUAUUAUGUUGCUUUGGUUAAAAUGUCCUCUGAAAUGACUAGCUUCACCCCGUUGCUGACUAUGUAUAAAAGGAAUGAGAUUGUUUGACGAGAUGAAGCCUACACACAUUGUCCUUUUGUUUCUGGCAAAAUAAGUUUUGUGAUAUUUUGUCUUAAGUUACUUGCCAAGAACGCUUCCGGUAUCAUACCCUAGAGUCCAAAAAAACCAAACUUUUGGACAUCAGAGCAGUGAUCACACCACAAUCCUGACAAAUUCAACUUCCUUAGGAACUAGAGGCUUUCUGUGGAUUACCACUUGUAUGGGGCUAUGACCAAGGAUCUUGUCAAGUGCUGGAGCCGGAAGAAGAAAAAGCGAGGUCAACUGCUACAAAGCAUUCUCAUUGCCAAUGUUGAAUGUCUAGAAUUAAAUUGAUGAACUCAGGGUGAAUACAUCUAUUCAGAGUGAUGAUAGAACAUAUUAUAUUGUUUUGCUUUAUGGAAUCUUUGCUAUCCCAUACUGUCAAAUCCCCAGUCACCUCUGAGUUCUCAAUAUAGAGCGGAGGGGACAAAAAAGGACGUUUUAUGAUUAAUAACUCAUUAUGCGUCUAUAAUAACAGGAAAUCAAAACAUGUUACCAUCCCAAACGGGAAUGCUUCCAAAUUAACCGAAGACCUUAUAAUGUCACACAUCAUCAUCCGUCAUCCGUGUAUCCAUUCUCAAUAUGAUACCAAGCUGCUUCAAACUCCAAAUGCCAUAGUCUGGUUCUGCUGAUCCCUGCUUCUAGACAAAACUAAAGUAGGAUGCUCCAGUUGUAAGAACUUUACAGCGCCGGUCUGACCAAUAAGGAUCCAUUCUACUGGACUGUUCUGACCAAGCAGACUGGGAUAUGUUUACAGAGGACUCAGUUUCUGCGAUAAUUAAGUUUGCAAAAAUUGAGUGUGUACCAUCACAUAUAACAACUGUAAGUCGGCAUUAGACAUGAGUAGAAAUAGGACAGCUAUGACCUUUGCAAAGGUCAAUAUUAUGACAAACUAGAAUCAGGGAUACCAUGUCUUUCGGGGCAGCCAGAGGUUUUUCCAGGCAAAGCUGCGGGAAGAUCUUUUCAUCAAGUGGUGCUGGGAUUAGUCGGCUGGAGUUGUGUGCGCCUUGCGGAUGGACGGACAAUCGCUGUGGCGACUCACAUCACAUUCCUCCAUUCCAGUAGGUGUGAACGAAUAAGGGUGCGGAGGCUACUACAGGGGGAGCCGCAGCACGACCUAAAUAUCACUUUCACAAUCUCGUCAGGGGUUUCUGAGAUUAUGACAGCACCCCUACUUGCUGCGGAUAUGUUUCGGGGCGGUAUUUGCCCUGUUUCACACAGCCGAUAACGGUUUCAGUUAUGCGUGUGCUAUCCACCCCAAGGUGAGUCCUUUAUCUUCAGACUUAACCCGGAGUGUUCUAAGAAAGUCAUCCCUGAUUACAGUCAUAACUGAAAGGGUCAGACAUGAAAAGAAUGUGCCAGGAACUUCAGAAAUUAACGGAUGAUAAAAGGGAAACCCAGCAGUAUCACUCCAAGACAAGAUAUACACCUUUACACAUUUCAAGAAAAACAACACUGAGCCUCUGGUAAGAGCCCUUUAUGCUAAUGUGGGCUCACAUUCUCUAUGGACAUGCAUGAAAGUCUUCUAGACUUCAGUAGGUCUUUCAUGCCUAUUCACCCACACAGGGCUGCUUUGCCCGGAUGGCAUGCCUAGUUAUCCUCAGAGCAUCUGCAGAUUAACUAGCUUGAAUUGUUUCGCUCAUAAUAAACUUGGCCCUUUUUUAGUUGGUUAUCCUCACCAAUUACAGCUCAGCUUUCAACACCAUAGUGCCCUCAAAGCUUGUCAGGAAACAGGGAGACCUGGGGCAGGACCUCCAUGAUUAAGUAUGGUAAUAAACCAAUAGAGCAAGGCUUGAUCUCCAGUGACUAGUGGAGUGGUGCCAGGUUAAACAAUCUCUUCAUAAAUCAAAAAUAAAUAAAUCAACAAGCCGAUUGUGGACUUCCGUAAAUGAAAGAAAGAGCACUCCCCCCUGCUAAUUGACAGAGUCUUUAUAAAGGGUCAAAGGCUUACUGCUUUUGACCCUUAAGAAAGUUUGUCUGCAUGAACAUCACUGAGGACCUGAAAUGUUUCCAUCAUGCUGACACCAUGGUUACAAUGUUCCAAGGACGCUCACAAUCUUUUACAGAUGCAGCACGCUCUCGAGUUGCAUCACCAUACAGCUCUGUGCACAGUGGAAAACAAUCAUAUACACUCUUGAGUAAAACACAGUCUCUCUCAACUCACACUCGUACACUCACACAUCCACACUUGACGUACUAGAAACAAACACAUAUUCACCCAAAUACUUUCAGUCCACACAGCUGUCUUAGUUUCAUUGAGAACACUGGUGCUGAACAUUGAUCACUUUACCUUCAUUUAAAUCCAGUUCACUAACAUAUUGUAUUUUCCACACAUUGCUACUUGGAAUGAUGUAUACAUGCAGGCCAAUCUGGAUUAUAAAUGUGAUUGUAUUUGUAAAUGUUUAAAUUGUACAUUGUAUGUUAAUGUACUUUAUUCAUUUGAUUGCAUUGUUUAGGUGCAGGUAUACUGUAGCAUUUCAGUACACUCUGCUGUUAAGUGUAUGCAGUCAAUAAAACUU